AAGCUUAAUUAACCUUUUACUUUGUCUUUGUUGAAAUGGCUUCAGCACCAUCCUUAAAGCGCACAAAUUCUGUAGUGGAUAAUAUGCCGGAAGCAUUGAGGCAGAGUCGGUAUCAUAUGAAGAGGUGCUUUGCUAAGUACAUUGAGAAGGGGAGAAGGAUUAUGAAACUUCAUCAUUUGAUGGAAGAAAUGGACCAAGUAAUAGAGGACAAAAGUGAAAGAAACCAAGUUUUGGAGGGCAUUCUUGGAUUCAUAUUGAGCUCUACACAGGAAGCUGUUGUAGAUCCACCAUAUGUUGCCUUUGCAAUAAGGCCUAAUCCAGGAGUUUGGGAAUUUGUAAGAGUGAGUUCUGAGGACCUCUCUGUUGAGACUAUCACUCCCACUGACUACCUCAAAUUCAAGGAAAGGGUAUAUGACGAAAAUUGGGCGACCGAUGAAAACUCAUUUGAAGCAGACUUUGGAGCAUUUGAUUUUCAAAUUCCUCAAUUAACUCUCUCAUCUUCAAUUGGAAAUGGACUCCAAUUUGUUUCUAAAUUCUUAACUUCAAAGUUAACUGGGAAAUUGCAGAAAACACAGGCUAUCGUAGACUACUUGGUAACAUUAAACCAUCAGGGCGAAAGCCUAAUGAUAAAUGACACCCUCAAGUCUGCUGCAAAGCUUCAAAUGGCAUUGGUAGUGGCUGAUGUAUUACUCUCAUCACUUCCCAAAGACACUGCAUAUCAGAAUUUUGAGCCAAGGUUGAAGGAGUGGGGGUUUGAGAGAGGAUGGGGAGAUACUGCAGGAAGAGUGAAAGAAACAAUGCUAACUCUAUCUGAAGUACUUCAAGCACCAGACCCAACAAACUUGGAGAAAUUUUUCAGUAGGAUUCCAAUAAUAUUCAAUGUAGUUAUCUUCUCAGUUCAUGGUUAUUUUGGACAAGCAGAUGUCCUUGGCUUGCCAGACACUGGUGGCCAGGUGGUUUACAUAUUGGACCAAGUCAAGGCUCUGGAAGCAGAGUUGCUACUUAGAAUCAAGCAACAAGGGCUAAAUUUUAAACCUCAAAUUGUUGUGGUAACAAGGUUGAUACCUGAUGCUAGGGGAACCAAGUGCCAUCAGGAGUUGGAACCAAUCAAUGAUACCAAACACUCCCACAUUCUACGCGUGCCUUUUUAUACAGAUAAAGGAAUCCUACGUCAAUGGGUUUCUCGCUUUGACAUUUACCCUUAUCUUGAGAGGUUUACUCAGGAUGCAACAGCCAAGAUUUUAGACUUCAUGGAAGGGAAACCAGAUCUUGUUAUUGGAAAUUACACAGAUGGAAAUCUGGUAGCAUCACUCAUGGCUAAAAAACUUGGAGUAACUCUGGGAACUAUAGCACAUGCUUUAGAGAAGACUAAGUAUGAGGACUCAGAUGUGAAGUGGAAAGAUUUGGACCCCAAGUAUCAUUUCUCAUGUCAAUUCAUGGCUGAUACAGUGGCAAUGAAUGCAGCUGAUUUCAUCAUAACCAGCACAUAUCAGGAAGUUGCAGGAAGCAAAGAUAGACCUGGGCAAUAUGAAAGCCAUGCUGCAUUUACACUCCCAGGGCUAUGUAGAGUUGUUUCAGGGAUAAAUGUCUUUGACCCGAAGUUCAACAUAGCUGCACCAGGUGCUGAUCAGUCCGUUUAUUUCCCCUACACAGAGAAAGAAAAAAGACUCUCUCAAUUUCACCCUGUCAUUGAAGACCUUCUCUUUAGUAAAGUGGAUAACAUUGAGCAUAUUGGAUAUCUAGCAGAGAGGAGGAAGCCAAUCAUUUUCUCAAUGGCAAGGCUUGAUGUUGUGAAGAACUUAACCGGGUUAGUUGAAUGGUAUGCAAAGAACAAGAGACUAAGAAACUUGGUGAACCUUGUCAUAGUAGGAGGCUUCUUUGACCCUUCAAAAUCGAAAGAUAGGGAGGAAAUGUCAGAAAUUAAAAAGAUGCAUGACUUAGUUGAUAAGUACCAACUUAAGGGUCAAUUCAGAUGGAUUGCUGCACAAACUAAUAGAUAUCGCAAUGGAGAACUAUACCGUUGUAUUGCUGACACAAGGGGAGCAUUUGUUCAACCUGCUUUGUAUGAAGCAUUUGGAUUAACUGUUAUUGAAGCAAUGAACUGUGGCUUGCCCACUUUUGCUACCAACCAAGGAGGUCCAGCUGAAAUUAUUGUUGAUGGGGUCUCUGGCUUCCACAUUGAUCCCCUCAAUGGAGAUGAAUCAAGCACCAAAAUUGCUGAUUUCUUUGAAAAAUGCAAAGUGGAUCCAUCAUAUUGGAAUGUGAUUUCUACAGCUGGAUUGCAGCGCAUAAAUGAAUGCUAUACCUGGAAGAUUUAUGCAAAUAAGUUGGUAAAUAUGGGGAACAUUUAUACCUUUUGGAGACAAGUGAAUACGGAGCAAAAAGAGGCAAAGCAGAGAUACAUUCAUAUGUUCUAUAAUCUUAUAUUAAAAAAUUUGGUUAAGACUGUACCUCUUCCAAGUGAUGAACCUCAACAACCUGUCAGCAAGCCAGCGAGUUUCAGACAACAUAGCUCGAAACGUUCACAGUCCAGAUUGCAAAGGUUAUUUGGAUCUUAAUGUCUCAACCACAAAGCAGGUCAACUACUAGGAUGCAUCUUGUCCUACU